AUGGUUCUCCUGGCUAAUCUAGCGCUAGUUCUGUCCCUUUUGCGUCUGGUACAGGCGUGGAAUACGUUCAAGGUGCAACAUACCCCCGGAGAGGACGAUACGCCAGCCUUGCUUGCUGCGCUCCCGAAUUUGACGGCCGACACCACUAUUCUGUUCGAAGAGGGCAUCACCUACAACAUCUUCACGCCUAUCACGUUCCCAGUGCUCAACAACGUCGAGGUUGCGAUUGAAGGGAAUCUCACCUAUCCUGACAGCAUUCCCAUUGUGCAAGCAAUUGUCGCAGAUUCAUCUUUCCCAGGAGCAUGGAUCGUGUUUACCGGAGGACAAAAUGUCACUCUCCGAGGUUCUAAGAACCCGAAGUGGGGUUGGAUAGACGGACAUGGACAGCCCUGGUGGGAUGCUCAACAACAAGUCAAUCGGCCUCAUGGCUUGACAUUUGGGAACAUCAACCAGGGUGUUAUCCGUGAUAUGAAGAUCUGGAAGCCGGUAGCAUGGAGUUUCUCAACUCGUGGCUCGUCCAAUCUUCAUGCAUACAACAACAAAAUCCUGGCUGUCUCGGACACGAACGCUUUCCCGUUCAACACUGACGGCUUCUCUGCUGGUGGUACCGAUAUGCUCUUCGAGAACAACCACAUCGAAAAUGGAGACGAUUGCCUGACGGUCGGGAAUGGGGCGAAGAAUAUUGUCUUCAGGAACACUUAUUGCUGGGGCGGCCACGGUCUAUCGAUCGGUUCGCUGGGCAGAGGAGGCGCGGUCGCCGAUGUCCAAAACGUUUUGAUCGAGAAUAUCGUUAUGGAAAAUGCGCUGUAUGCGGCUAGGUUCAAGAGUUGGACGGGUGGUAAUGGUUUGGCACGAAACAUUACCUGGAGGAAUAUCAAGUUCUCCGAUGUGCCCUUCCCUAUCUACAUUACCCAAAACUACUGGGACCAAGGAAUCGGGCCUCGCCCGAACACUUCGAGCACGAACAACACCCAAAUACAAGACUUUACCUUCGAGAACUUCGUUGGCAUCGUCAGAGAUGUUCCUUACGUAGAGGGUAGUUGCAUUAGCGAUCCUUGCUGGUACUACGUUCCCGAAGCAACAGGGAAAGAAGUCGCCAUUUUCGACCUUUACCCAGGCACUGCCAAGAACAUCGUCGCGAAAAGAAUAUUCUCGAGGACAGAGACGGGUGCUCCGGUGGCUGUCAUGUGCAAUUCGACGACUAUCGAGAACGAUGUUGGCUUCGAGUGCUGGAAUGGCCCGUUCGUCCGUACGAAGGCCGGACUUUAA